GACAAUCAAUCAUCUCUACUUGCAUCCACCACUGCAACUCUUACCCCCACACCAGUCAUUCUCUCCAACAGUACAGGACUGGAAAAUUCUGAAAACUUCACAUACUCAAAUGCAAGCACCUCUCACCCUGCAAGCACCACGCCUUCCAAACCUGCACUCAAGCCAUCUACCACACCUGCUAGUUCAGCUACAGCCUCUUCUCCACCCACCUCACAUCCACUCACCACUUAUAUUCCACUCAUCCCUACCACUGUCACGCACGCAACAGCCUCUUCUCCACCCAACUCACAUCCAUUCUCCACUUCUAUUCCACUCAACCUUACCAGUGUCACGCACGCAACAGCCUCUUCUCCACCCACCUCACAUCCACUCACCACUUCUAUUCCACUCAACCCUACCACUGUCACGCACGCAACAGCUCCUAGUCAAUCACCCCCUGGCUGUGAAUACAACAUAACGAAGAAAAUACCAUGUGGAUUUGAAAUCCUCACUGGUGUCAAUGGAUCAUAUAGAAUAGAGUAUCAGGAUGGUCAAAACAGGUUCAAGAAUAAGACGUUCCAUGGUCCAUCUCACCAAAUAAUGGAGCUUUGCUAUAACUACACUGCUAUAAAAGUAUUUAAUGGAACAUCAUCCUGCAGUCUCACAGGAAACAAAAUCUUUCCUGACAAUGAUUCUGAUCUCCUCAAGAUAGAAUUCAACUCUUCAACAAGGCAGGUGUGCCGUAAUGCAAUUUGGAACACCAGUGACGUAACAUUUAAAGUUAAUAACGUGGCUGUGAACAGCAGCUGCCAAGAGAUAGACAAAACUUCAGUUUGCUCCAGUGUGCAAGCCACAAUAUCCUCAACUGAGUGUCAUUUCGACAAAACAGAAACAAUUGACAUAAUCCCAGCAUUAAAGAAUAUUACGCUUGAACAAAAUACAACGUGGCCAGUACACAUAAAUGAAACAUGGCCACCUCAGUGCCAAAAUAAAAUAGAUGUGACUUACACUUGUAACGAUGGAACUGGAACAGGACAAUUCUCUCUUAAAGACCUAAUCCUUUUUCGGAAGUACUCAUGCAGUGGAGAGUUACUGUACAACCGCAAACCCAUUCAGCCCCCAAAAAAAAUAAAUCUAACCAUUGACACAGAUUGCGAUGUACGCAUAAUGCUGACUGGAACAACUAUCACCAAUACUUCUGCGCAUUUUAAAUGGAAUGUCCACAGCUCUGAAUGCCCAAAACUGACAGAACAGGAAUACAAAAACGAAUGUGAAUAUGUUUGUGCAUAUAACACAACACCAACGAAUGAAAAGUAUCAAUCAGUCGAAAACAAAUCGUCUGAAUGUGCAUUAACCAAUCUAAUGCCUUUCACGAAGUACAAUUUUGUUUUGAAACUUCGAUGCUAUGGAAACGAUGUUAAAGGAAGCAAACUUGUAAGGACGCAUAUGACAGCACAUGGGAUACCUGAAGGAAAAAUUAUUGUUCGUACAAAAUCAAUAUCUUCGAACGGUUUCAAGAUAACUUGUGCAUUUCAUGGCAAACGCAAUGGAAAAAUUGAACAAUACUCUGCGAAGAUGAUAGACCAACAUAACUCCAUACAAGAGGAAAAAGAGAAGAAAAAUAUAUGUGAAUUUGAAUUUACGGGCCUCUCGUAUUCAACUAUGUAUUAUCUCACGGUUCAAGUUCACAAUGAAAGGUUUUCGUCCAGCCGAUCUGUGCCAAUAACCCUUUCAGGUGGUUACAAUGAAAAAGCCCUGAUUGGAUUCCUGGCAUUCCUCAUCGUUGUCAUGGCUUGCGCCCUUCUGUUUGUUCUACAUAAAAUCUAUUUACUUCGGAAGAGAGACUCACACAACUUUGAUGAGCAGACAGAGCUGAUCCAGAUAAAUGACGAUGAGACCCUGAUGAACAUUGAGCCAAUCACAGCGGAGCUCCUCCUGGAAACCUACAAGAGGAAGAUUGCAGACGAAGGACGCCUUUUCCUGGCUGAAUUCCAGAGCAUUCCGAGAGUUUACAGCAAAUGCUCAAUCAAAGAAGCCAGAAAACAGUGCAAUCAGACCAAGAACCGCUACGUUGACAUCCUACCAUAUGAUUUUAAUCGGGUUCAACUGUCCUCAGUGAGUGGAGUAGCAGGUUCCGACUACAUUAAUGCAAGCUUCAUAGACGGUUACAAAGAGGCUAAGAAGUACAUUGCAGCCCAAGGGCCCAAGGAUGAGACGGUGGUUGAUUUCUGGAGAAUGAUUUGGGAGCAACAGUCCUCUAUAAUAGUAAUGGUGACCCGAUGUGAGGAAGGAAACAGGAACAAAUGCGCUCAGUACUGGCCAUCCAUGGAUAGAGAGACUGAAAUUUAUGAAGACUUUGUUGUGAAGAUCAAUGGAGAAGACUGCUGCCCUGAUUACAUUAUUCGGCAUCUCACAAUCAUGAAUAAGAAGGAAAAGAGUGCAGAGAGAGAGGUGACCCACAUCCAGUUCACCAGCUGGCCUGACCACGGGGUCCCAGGAGAGCCUCACCUUCUGCUCAAACUGCGACGUCGAGUCAAUGCUUUCAAGAACUUCUUCAGUGGACCAAUUGUGGUGCAUUGCAGUGCUGGAGUGGGCCGCACCGGCACGUACUUCAGCAUCGACGCCAUGAUGGAGGGUCUGGAGGCAGAGGGCAGGGUGGACAUUUACGGAUACGUGGUCAAGCUCCGUCGCCAGCGGUGCCUCAUGGUCCAAGUCGAGGCUCAGUACAUCUUGAUCCACCAGGCGCUCAUUGAGUUUAACCAGUUUGGGGAGACGGAGAUCUCCCUCUCAGAGUUCCACUCCUGUCUCACCGCCCUACGACAGAAGGACAGUCCGUCUGACCCCACCCAUCUGGAGGCAGAGUUCCAGAGGCUACCAAAGUACAAAAACUGGAGGACAUGCAAUACAGGAACCAAUGAAGAAAACAAGAAGAAAAAUCGUUAUUCUUCUAUUAUUCCAUAUGAUUACAACCGGGUGUUGGUAAAACUUGAGGAGGACAACAGUCAAGACAGUGAACAGGAUGAGGAUGAAGAAUAUUCCUCCGAUGAGGAUGAUGAAGAUUCCACAAAGUACAUCAAUGCUUCCUACAUUGAUGGCUACUGGGGUCAGAGAAGUCUGAUUGCUGCUCAGGGACCACUUUCAGAUACCAUCACAGACUUCUGGAAAAUGAUAUUCCAGAAGAAAGUCAAGAUCAUAAUCAUGCUCUCUGAGUGCAUGGAGGGAGGAAAGGAGUUCUGCUCACCAUACUGGGGAGACGAGAUUAAGCUGUUUGAUGACAUCGAGGUGCAUGUCACAAGCUGUGAAAGUACUCCAGCAUGCACCAUCCGCUCUGUUGAGAUACGCCACACCAAGAGGAAAGAGAGUCGCAAAGUGUACCAGUACCACUACCAGAAAUGGGCUGAGCAGGACCUCCCGGAGAACCCCCUGGACCUGGUGGACAUAAUAAAAAAUGUCAAGCAGAAAUGUGGCUAUGGCAAUAGAAGGCCUGAGACGACUGCGCCACUUGUAGUACACUGCAAUGAUGGGUCGUCGCGGACGGGCAUCUUCUGCGCGCUGUGGAACAUUCUGGAUAGUAUGGAAACAGAGAAACUGGUCGACGUGUUCCAGGUGGCCAAGGCUCUGCGCAAGGAGAGGCCGGGGAUGAUCCCCAGCUUUGAGCAUUACCAGUUCCUGUAUGAUGUGGUGGAGAGGGCGUACCCCGCUCAGAAUGGGGAAGUGAAGCCAAGCCCUGCCUCUGGAGCCGACUCUGUAGAGAUGGUGGACGAGAAGACGGUCACUGCGGCGACAGACAGCGGGCAGCCCGAGGCCCACACCGCCAACGACGUCCAGCUGGGGGGCGGAGGUGCAGAGGAGAAGAUGGAGCCCGCCCAAGCUGCCAAAGAGGACGCCACAGAACCCAGCAUCUCCACUGAGAAAGCGCCCGAGGAGAGCGCCUCGAACGGUCCCUCGGGUUUAGUUGAGAUCUGAAAGGUUUCCCUGUGCGUGUGUGUGCGUGUGUUUUGAUUGUUUCAGUGGGGCAGCAUUCUAAUGUACAUGAAAUAUGUAUAUGUUUUAUAUGUUUAAAUUUUUAGAACUGUUUUCUGCAAUUUAAAAAAAAUUAAUGAAUGUAAAUUGUAUGCAAGAGCAAGUUUUCUUAUCAAUGAUGACAAAAUGAUGGCAAAGUUCAAAGAAGUACUUUUUGUAAACAUACUCAACAAUGGCUAUUGUAAUAACAACAAAAUUAUGAAGUAUAAUGAUGUUAUGUAGUCUAAUUUGGUAUAGAAAUAUGUCAUUUUAUGUAUAUUGCUUUUAUAAAAUGUGAGUAAAAGUAAAAAAAAAACUACCAUGAUAUUAUCAAACUAUUUCUUUUGUAUUUUCAUAGGGCUUAUUGCUGUGGUUAGAAAAAUUGUUUAAAAAAUGAAGCUUAAUGUUCCUCUAUGUAUUUGUAUGUUAAUAUGUUAAUAUUAGCAUAUAUAAUAUAUAUUUUGCCAUUCAUGUUUGCCUUGUGUUUGGAAAGUAUUUUUCAAGGAAUAAUAAAUGCUUUUAUUGUUAUAUUCA